GAGGUUAGGUUUUCCAGUUUAGCCUUCUGGCCUACUCUACGUGACAUAUGGUGGCAGCAGUGGGAUGGCGCACCGCAAAUCAGUGAAUUCCAACAAGAGAGGUAAAGGAAUGCGUACAGGAUUGCGUUCUCAGCAGCAGCAUCAACUGUCAUAAAAGGUAAUUGAAGUUGAAACUGGGUGGAAUACCAUGGAAUCUUCUGGUGAAGAGGUUAAUUAUGAGAAACUAGGAGCCCGACCAAGGGGCCAAACACAACCAGAACUGUUUGAACUACCGGUUGAACCAGCAGAUACAGCAAUAAGAGACCAGCUGACUGAAGGAGCAGUUGGGGGACCAGAACCACACCCAACCAUGGUAGCCCUUUUCCAGCAACUUUUCACCUGCCUUGAGAAGAGGGACGAAGACCUCAAGCAGGAGUUUCGGGGCCUACGCCAAUCUAUCCUCACAGCUCCUCACCAAGUGGAACUCGUCAGUGAGAGCCCAAGAUUGGGUCUGCCAACACCAGGACGACAAAGGCUCGACGCAGCAGGGACUUCAACUCCACAGCAGGAUCCCCAAGCAGUAAUGAGGCCAGCACCAGGAGACCAGUCCAGCAGUGUUAACGUUCAUCUUCCAGCAUUCCUGAGGAAGGAGCCAAAGAUGCCCUCAUACCAGCAGGGGGAGGACAUUGAAAACUACUUGCUGAGGUUUGAGCGAAUGGCCAAGACGUGGCAGUGGCCGGAAGUAGAGUGGGCCUGCAGGCUUGUCCCAUUGCUCACGGGCAAGGCCUUAGAGGCUUACACAGCAAUGGAUGAGGGGCUGUCCAACGUCUACAAGGGCUUGAAGGAAGCGCUGCUGAUGAAGUUCGACAUCUCCUCGGAGACCUACCGUCAACGCUUUAGAGCUGCAUCGACGCCAUCGGGUGAGUCACCGACAGAGACGUACCACCGCCUCAAGGGUCUCUACCGACGAUGGGUUCAACCAGAGGAGAAGACACAGGACGAGAUCGGUGAGGUCAUCAUCCUCGAGCAACUUCUACAAGUUCUACCACACGACAUUCGAACCUGGGUUCGAGAGCACGAGCCCAAGGACGGGCUUAUGGCGGCCAAGCUUGCGCUGCAGUACCAUAAUGCACGUAAAGGGGGCCCACCACGACCUGCAGCACCCGCUCCAAGGAGUCUCCGAGACACAAGGGACAUCAGAGAUACCCGAGAUGGUGGAGGUAACUCUGGGGGUUAUGUGUCUGGGAGGAGGGAGGUAAGGGAUUAUGCAGUUCGCUCUGAUGGGAGGGGUCUGACCUGUUUUUACUGCCGACAGCAGGGGCACAAGGCUUCAAUGUGUCCGCUACGUAAAUCCAAGCUCUCAGGUUACUGUUAUGUGCCCAGAGAGGGGGAUGGUGUUCAGAAUAGACAGACUGGGGAAGGGUCAGUCUUGGUACCUGUAAAAGUGAAUGGUAAAAGUCUUACUGCUAUGAUUGACACCGGCAGUUCCCUGUCGUUGAUCAGAAAAUGUAAUGUACCUGUUAAUGACAUUGAUUACGGUCACCAGACACUGAUCCAAUGUGUCCAUGGUGACCAGUCACAGCAGCCCACAGCUGAACUCACAGUGGAGAUUCAGGGUCAGAAAUACCUCCUCAAAGUUGGGGUAAUGGAGAAGCUACCUUUUGAGAUGAUUUUGGGGAGGGAUGUGCCUGUACUCUCUGAUCUGUUGGGAAGUGUGGGGGUCAGCUAUAUGAGCAGUCAGUUUGCCAGUCUGAUGUUCAGGUGUCAUGUUCAGUUGUCACUCGUGCACAGGCCAAAGCUGGUUUACAACCUCUGCCUGACUUGUGUGAUAGUCUGUGUGAGGGGGAACCAAAGGGCCCAGAAAGUCACGCCGCCAGCGGCGUCUUGA